GGGCCCUUCAGAGAGCAACAAACACACGGCAGUCACACACGCUGCCUGGCAAUCAGGAGGGAGAAAGGGGCAGUCACACACUCUGGGAGAUACACAAAUACACACAGGCGAGUGGCCAUGCUUGUACUACAGUGCAACCCUAGGUCAUUAAGCUGAGCCCGUACAUUCAGAGCAUCUGUGGCACAGCCCGGACUGACAACUGCACAGGCACACAAACACACACAUCAGCCACAAACAAGGGCUGCAGCGGUAGCAGCUCCGUCUCCCCUCGGAAAGCCUUCCUCUUUGCAAGGCGGUGGGGGUGGAUCGUGAUUGAGAAGCUCUCCUUGGCUCCUGGGAACAACAACAACAACAGAAAAAAAGCAGCAGCAGCAGUCGCUGCCAUGUGAUGGGUCCCUUUGCGGUCCGCUGGGAAUGCUACAAAUAAAGAAGAAGAUCGAGUGAAAGAAGGAGGAAUUGAAAGUGCACGGGAGGUGAUGCUUGCAGAUAAACAGAAUUUUGCAUAUUUCUUCAACCCCUGGGCCCUCGAGUUGACAGCACUGCAGAAACAUUUCUGUAAUAAAUGAUUGCAUAUUGGAACAGCAUAAGGCAAUUUGAGAUUAUCAAAUCUGUGUAUCAACAAAGUCUUCCAUGACCACAAAAUGACCUUCAGACGUGUUUAUCAGCAUGAAGACUGUGUGUCGCAUGACUAACCAUUAUAUAAUUGUUGGAAAAUGUAUAUUAAUAGAGAGAGGAAUCAUUUAAAGGGUGUGAACGGAAUGUCUGUGGAUGAGAAGACUGAAUCCCCCAUGUACGUGUAUGAAUCAACAGUCCAUUGUACUAAUAUUCUUCAGUGCCUCAAUGACCAGUGGAAGCAGGACAUUCUAUGUGAUGUUACAUUAAUAGUUGAAGGGAAAGAGUUUCGAGCCCACCGUGCAGUGCUUGCAGCAUGCAGUGAAUACUUCUUGCAAGUAUUGGUUGGGCAGACUGAACAUGGCUUGGUUGUCAGUUUGCCAGAUGAGGUCACCGCUAGAGGAUUUGGUCCAUUGUUGCAGUUUGCCUACACUGCUAAGCUGUUACUGAGCAAAGAAAAUAUUCAAGAGGUCAUCCACUGUGCUGAAUUUUUACGUAUGCACAACCUGGAAGACUCCUGCUUCCGCUUUCUUCAGACGCAGCUACUAAACAAUGAGGAUGGAUUGUUUCUGUGCAAGAAAGACACCUCACGCCAGCCUAUGCAUAUUGAUACAUUUGAUUGUGAAGAGGAAACAAUGGAAUCUGAAACCUCAAAAAUAUCCUGCCCUAAGGAAAGAAUGCAUCAGGAGUCUUUUAAUUUUAAUGCAGGAGGAAGGGUGGUAGACAGAAAUGAUAUUAUUUUGCCUAAUUGUGAUAUGCAAAAGGACAAAGAGAGUUUAGACAAGGAUCCAGUAAUCCGCUAUCCAAAAUACAAGAAAUACCAGCUUGCUUGUACUAAGAAUGUCGACAAUGCAUCCCACAGUACCUCAGGUUUAACAAGCACAUUUAGUGAACAGAAUUCAGAAACUGGUCUAAAACCAGGAUUCCCCUUAAACCAGAUCAAAAGUGAGCCUCGUGAUGAUGACAAUGAAGAAGAGAGUAUAACUCUUUGCUUGUCCGGUGAUGAAACCGACAUCGGAGACAAAGAUGGGGAUGUUGAGAUGGUCAGGAAACAGCCCAGCCCUGUUUGUAUUGAUAACCCCAAAAGUGUAUCAUCACCUUCCUGUUUAAGAACUUUUUUUAGCAGAACAAAAGGGGCAGAGAUAAUUGAUUUCCCUGCUGCUUCCCAACAGCAUUUUGCUAGAAGUCCUGCAUGCCCUGUAGAAAAGAGGGCAACUCAGGGUGACCAUAAAACUGAAUACAACUCUUUUAUUGGGAAUUUUGAACCUCAUAAGGAUUCCGCUAAUUUCUUAAUAGCAUCCCCUCUCAGGGGGUCUGGUUCAGAACUGGCCUCUAAACAUGAGGUGGAACUAGACAGGAGGAGUGUCAUAUUCUCUUCAAGUGCUUGUGACCAAAUAAGCACUCCGGUGCAAUCAUACUCUGGUGUGAGCUGCUUAGACAAAGAGUUUUCUGAGCAUGUGCCAAAGGGUUUGUGGGCAGGAGGUAGCCAAUCUCUCCCUAGCUCACAUGCCUUUUCCCACAGUGGACUGGUAGCAGAUCCCUUGCCGGGAAGGCUGCGGCCUAACCCUAGUUGCCCUGUGCCAAUUAAAGUUUGCCCCCGUUCACCACCAUUGGAAACCAGAACCAGGACAUCUAGCUCGUGCUCAUCAUAUUCAUAUGCAGAAGAUGGCAGUGGUGGUUCACCUUGUAGCCUUCCUCUCUGUGAAUUUUCAUCAUCUCCCUGUUCCCAGGGUCCAAGAUUUCCAACCAAUGACCAUCAAGAAGUUUGUUCAAUGGCAGACUAUAACCAAGUUAGGCCUCAGAUAAAAUGUGAGCAGUCAUAUGGAACUAAUUCAAGUGAUGAGUCUGGAUCUUUUUCAGAAGCAGACAGCGAGUCGUGUCCUGUACAGGACAGAGGGCACGAGGUCAAACUGCCCUUCCCUAUUGAUCAAAUCACAGAUCUUCCACGCAACGAUUUCCAGAUGAUGAUAAAGAUGCACAAGCUUUCCUCCGAGCAGCUGGAAUUUAUUCAUGACGUGCGUCGCCGAAGCAAAAACAGAAUUGCUGCCCAGCGUUGUCGCAAAAGGAAACUAGACUGCAUUCAGAACUUAGAAUGUGAAAUACACAAACUAGUAUGUGAAAAGGAGAAGUUGCUGACAGAAAGGAACCAACUGAAAGCAUGCAUGGGAGAAUUACUGGACAAUUUCUCUUGUCUUUCCCAGGAAGUUUGUAGGGAUAUCCAAAGCCCUGAGCAGAUACAAGCCCUGCACAGAUAUUGUCCUGUGCUACAGCCCUUGGAUCUACCCACAGCUGCCACUUUCAACUCCUUGCCAGCACGAGGAGAACAAAACCUUGUAACAGCUCAGGAUGUAGGUGAAAACAUGCCAUGCUGCAAUGAGCAAGGGUCAGUACAGCUAGGAGCUCAUUCACUUCCUAAUAACAUCACAGAAAAUUGUAUAGCAAGAAGCGUUCCUGAGGGAUCUGAUCAUGGUACCUACAUGGAGAGGGGGGAGUGCAUGGAACAGAUCAACCAAACAGUGACAGUGGACUUCUGUCAGGAAAUGACUGACAAAUGCACAACAGAUGAACAACCGAGGAAAGAUUUCACCUAGUGACAUUAGAGCUGUGCGGUUUGUAUAAUCUACAAAACGUCUUGUGUCAGCCAUUGGCCACCACUGCCUCCUGGAAACAUUAUUGGUGCACACUACAGCAGUCUUAGCAGCAAUACUGUUUUAUAAAGUAUUUCCCUCCUCUCUGGAUGCAGGAGAUCUCUUCACGAUGGUGCUAUAUACACCUUGCUCAUGCAGGGAACUGAACAGUAGCGUCACUGUCCUCCUUAUCUUUUUAUUUUAUUUCUUAAUAUAUAUUAACUUCAUAUAUUAACAGGGAUGGACCUAACACCUUGGAGGACCCAACAGCAGCUUAUUUUCUCAGUGACCAUGUGUCACAAAACCCUAUCUCAGGAAUUUUCCUCUGAAUGUUCAUUUUGUUUUCAUUGAAAACCGCUAAAACAAAAUUCAACGUUUUAUAGGUAAACUGUAAAUAGGUUAUAUAUCCAUAUGCAAAAAGUAGACUCGCCCCAUGAUUUUCACACCCUAAAACUGGAACGCUCGUGUCUGUAUUGUAAUAGCAAGAUAUAACAUUCCUUUUUUGACACUGAUGCUAUCAGCUACACUUUAUAAGUAUUUUUAAGACCGUUCCUCUGCAUCUUUCUUUUUUUUGUAUUUAAUUAUGAAAAGCAUCAGCAGCUCAUGGUUUCUUCAACUAAGAUAGGGCACGACUUUCCCAUCAUGCACCAUUUCAGUACUGCAAGUUAUUAGCGGGUAUUUUUUUUCUUGCUGAUACUGUACAUUUUUUUGCCAUUCUUGCCACUUGCACUGAGUUUUGCUGUAAUUUAAACAAGGCUUUUUGUGUAUUACCUUGUAUGUAAAAUAAGGAAGACAAAAAAAAGAAAAUUCUCAGGAGAAUAUAACAUAGGAACAUUUCUUGCCAAAUAUUGCAUUCACCAUGUAGUGUUACAUUGGUUUAGAUUUUAUUUUGAUCCAUUCCCCUCAAACUUAAUGCCUGUUCCUAAAAACUGAGCAGUAUUUAAUGUAAUUUAUAUUUUGGGUGGGUGGGGAAAAGUUUGAAUUCAGUGGCAUAGACCAGCUUGCUUUCGAGGGCUGCAAAUACCUGUUCUGAGAUAGCUAUUAUCGAUCUAAGGGUUAAUAUAUGGACUUUAUGUGCAAAUCGAUUAAAGCCCUGACAACCAGUGGAAAUCAGUUACCUCAUAUCAACAAUGCCAAAAGCCUUUUUUUCAUAUUUUUUCUUAUGAUCUUGCUAGACAAUUCCCACAGUAAAGAUAUACAGAUUCUAUUUGGCCAAAAGUAUGUGGACAUCCCUUCCAGUUAUUUUAAUUUGCUAUUAAAGUCACACCCAUCAUUGACGAUAGGUGUUACUACAUCAUUCAAAGACAAUUCUUUGCUUCCCGAUUUGUGGCAUCUGUUUGGAGAAGACCCUUGUGCACAAAGUGCAGUUCAUACUGAUUUGUUUUGCAGAAAUGGAAGAAUUUGUCUAACCUGCACAAAGCACUGACUUCAACCCAACUCAACACCUGUAUGAUGAAUUGUAACACUGAUGUGAGGCCAACCUCUUACAUAUGAAUGGAGGGACAUCCCACCAACUGUGUUUCAACAUCUAGUGGAAAACCUUCUAAGAAGAGCAGAGGGUAAAGGCUAUUUAUAGCAGCAAUGAUAGGACCAAUAUCAUAUAAAUACCCUUGCUUUUGAAAUUAAAUGUGACAGGCAGGUAUCCACUUACUUUUGGCCAUAGAGUGUGUGUGUGUAUUUGUGCGUGUGUUUAGCGUGCGUGUGUAAUCUUUUCUCCUCCAAUGGCAUGUAUUUGCUUUGCAGCUGAGUUCUCAAAACAUUCUCUUGUUGUGCUUUUCCUGUGAAUGCCCCUCAGCAGCACAAGCAAAGAGUGGACUCAAUAGUCUGGCCAAAAAGCUGUAUUGCCCAAAAAAAAGCAUUGUUGGAAAUGCAGGAAUAUUUCUUUGUGCUGUUGUUUGGUAGAAGAAGAAUGAGGAACGCAUUGUUUUUUGUUUUUUUUACAAGUAACUGUGUAAUUGUGAAGCUAGCCUUCAUUGCUCCUAGCUGCAAGAAAACAUGUCAUGACCAAGCAGUACAAAUGCUAACUGAUGCGUUUGCACUGCAGCUUUAAGGCAACCUUUCAGUUUAUUAAGCUUGUUAAUGCGUACCAAUUGGUUUUGGCCAGGUUUUAUUUAAUAACCCUUGAAGAUUUGAAUUAAGAGUAAUCUGAAUGAUAAGCUUUGAACCCUUAAGACAUGGACUCUGCAUGAUUUUGUGCGUAGGCUGCCAUCAAAAUGUUCUAUAUCAUAGAUUGUGAACACCUCAAAAAAAUCCGUGGCAAUCAUUCAUCUAGGCUUCUUGACUUGAAAUGUGCUUGUGGUAAUGAAUGUUUGUCCUGAAAAGGCUUUAAUGUUUUGCUCCAUAAAUGAUAGUAAUUUGUGUUUAAAUACUUUUGCAGUAUUGAUAAGCCCAAUUAUACAAUGUGCCCAUUAUAUAAUUUUGCUCUUAUUGUCCAACAUGUAAUGCCUCUAGCAAAAAUUUCACUAGAACUUUCCAGUACUAGAAUUUCCAGUAACCUGUUGUCUUUCAUAGAAAUUGGUUGCGACCUUGCAUUGAUACUUACUAUAUUAUUGUCCCAUCAGAACAGCCGACCGGUGGAAAUACUGGGCUUGACUAUGUAAAAUCUCGCAGCCUAUUCAAUAGUAUAUUCUAAGAUACAGAGAAACCUUAUGGUUUGAUGAACAAUCAUGAAUGAUGAUCAUACUUAUAAGGAGGCCUUGCUAAGUUUAAAAAAAUAAUUUUUUUACAAUAUUUGCAGUAUUAUUGUUGUGUGAUAGGCUGCCAUAUUAAAGAAAACACUAACAUCAGUCCACUCUUCCCUAGAAUGCCCAUAAUGCUAGCUUGUUUUUUUUAAUCCUCAUAUUUUUAGUUGCCCUUGGUGCCAGAUGUUGUUCUUAGGUGCCAGAUGUUGUUCUACAGCCAUCGAGUUACUGAGCUACAACCCUCAUCAUCCUCAGUCAGUAGGCCAUCUAAUAAUAAACUUUUGCUUAACAGAGUACUUUAGGUCUAGGGCCUGCAGGAUAUAUAUGUGGCAAUUAUCACUGGUAUUAUGUAUCAUUCUGAUUGUGUAUUAGGGAAACUGCUAGUCAUUUUCAGUCCCCUGAAAAUCUACAGGUUAUCUCAUUAUAAUGGUACAUUUAGAUUACUACAGGCCUUGUUUGACUAUGGAUAGUUUUCACCCUUUCAAUGCUUGGCUAUUUAAAAUUAAAGACGAUAAUUAGAAAACAUAAAACUAUGUGGGCUGGUGGUGGUGGUAAUCCCUCUUUGGAUUAGUAUAUACCUUCCACCUUUAUUCUGUGUGUGCUGAUCAUUAAGCCAGACGCACAAAUAUAAAUGGCAGCAUGCCUUAUGUUUAAUAAUAGUUACCAAAUGGCUCUUCCUUUUUGCCAAAUUCACUGCUCCUUUGUACAAAUGCCCAGUGGUAUAUAUGCCUGUAAUUGGUGCUAAAUAAAAACAAAUGCCUACUUUCAUUGUUUUUGUAGUAUGAAGAUAUGGCCUAAUGAUAUAAAAAAAAUAGUUCUUAUGUGUCAAAUACACCAGAAUGCCAACAAUGUACAUAUACCUGUACAUAUGGUGGUUACAGUGCAAGAAUUCAGCAUCUGCCAUAAAUUUCUCUCGCUCUUUCUCUUUACUGUUGCAUUUUCCAAACUUUAUCAGUGCACUUUAUUCCCUUAAUAAUUGAAUGAGCAGAGUUAGCUGUAAAAAUUCAAUGUCAAAACUGGCAGAUGGUAGCUACACUACACUAUAUAAGCCCUAAAAAUGCAAUGAGGCCUAGCUCUACCAAACUUAUUAAACUGCAACUUCCUUACAAAGUAUGAUUGGAAUUGUUAGAGACUAGCAAUAAUAGAAACAGGGAAGUCAUGCACACACUAAGGGGCCUGUUUAUCAAGCUGUGUAAAAUGUUUUAGACCAAAAAACCAUAAAAUAAAAUGUACUAUGUAUCCAGCCAUUUCUUCUCACUCUUGUGCACUGUUAUUUUUCACAGCUGUUUACACUUAUUAGACAGUUUGAUAAAGACACAUUAUGUUACAGUGUCGUGUGGAGUUGUGACAUAUGUUGUAUUCUCUUUUUUACUCGGCUUCAUAAAUAUACCCCUAAGUGUAUCAGAAGUAUAGGCCUAGAACAAAGUUCACAGAAGUUGAAGAAGCUAUUUUUCUUUUUGUUUGACCAUUUGUUGGAACUGUUUAUUCCUUCAUUUACAUAUUUUUUCUUCUGAGUAGACAUUUGUUUAUAUUCACUUUUUGCAAAAUUUGGUGAGAAUACAUAUUGCCAUGUAUAAAUUUUUUCAGUUGCAUGCACAUUGUUUUAAGCCUGUUGCUUUUUUACAAAAAUGUGUACUUUCACACUAUACCUUCAGCAAGUUUGCCAAAACCUGAAAAUAUUGAUUUGAAAAGAAAAAAAAUCUUCUGUAACAUAUAUAUAUAUUCUAUAGUUUUGCACAAAUCUGUGUCUUAAGUUUGACUGCAUUGCA